AUGGACGGCGAGAAAACAAGUACAAAAUUGAAUAUCGUUGGUUUAAUAUCGGGGGGAAAGGACAGCAUACAAAAUUUGAUUUACUGCUCCAAAUAUGGUCAUGACAUUAUCUUAUUGGCUCACCUUAUACCGUACGAGAAUCAAAAUGAGACUGACAGUUUUAUGUACCAGAGCGUUGGAUUUGAACUCAUUCCUGAAAUUGCAAAGUGUAUGGAAAAGCCCCUCAUCCAGCAUCGAAUUAAAAGGAAGGCAGUAAAUGUGGGCUUGGAUUAUGUGUACAGUUCUAAUGACGAGGUUGAAGAUUUGUAUGAGUUGUUACUCGAGGUUAAGACUAAGUAUCCUCACGUAAAUGCAGUAUCAUGCGGGGCGAUUCAGUCAAAUUAUCAGAAGAGGCGCCUGGAGCACGUAUGUCAAAGGUUAAAUUUGCAAAUUUUGGCUUACUUGUGGGAAAGGGAUCAGAAAGAACUGCUACAAAAUAUGAUUGAGGGCGGACUGGAGGCCAUACUCGUGAAAAUAGCUGCUUACGGUAAUGUCUAAUGAGGGGAGAAAAUAAUAAAAUUUUUUUGUAUGCGCAUACGGUACGUACUGCGUAGCAUGUGCGCGA